AGUGAGUGGUGUGUCCGCGGAGCAGAUAUAAGGUGAUUGGACCGCGGGAAGCGAGUGUUCACUUGAAUCUCAGUGCGGAGGACGCGUUAGUCUCGGCUGUGACCAUGGAGAGCUCCAAACUCUGGACCACAGCGAUGGCGUGCGCUGUGCUGGUCUCCUGCAUCCAGGGGGCUGAAAUGGACUUUGACAACGAAUCCGACUUAGAAACGAGAGCUUUGAGAGAGUUUUAUCCAAAGGACCCGAAUCUGACCAACGAAAAGCAGCUGCUCGGGGCUUUGCACGACGUUCUGGAGAAACUGCAGAGCAAACGCAUCUCACUUUGGGAAAAGAAGUUUGGGCGCGUUCCUACAUGCGACGUCGGGGAGCAAUGCGCCAUCAGGAAAGGAUCGAGAAUCGGCAAAAUGUGCGACUGUCCACGUGGAGCGUUUUGCAAUUACUUUUUGCUGAAGUGUUUGUAAAGGUGAAAAUGAAUCGGAAACGUACACACGACAUUACAGAUAUUUAUACAUGUGAUUUCUAUUUUUAUGAUUAUGAAGCGCUAUGAGAAGACGAGAUGAAUCUGAAAGAUUGUUGAAUUAUUUGCUGCUCUUGAUGUGUAAUUAAACCUGAAUAAACUGUGUGGACUUUUGUUUUCUAAGGCA